AACAAUUUAAUGGUACUAUCCGUUUCCUGAAUAUGACGAGAGUUGCCCUUGAUAAAUUCAACCUCCCAGAUAUCAAAGCAACAACUCCUCAUUUCACGGACGUCUUAACAAAUGUUAGCAAGCCAUCAGAAGGUGAUUUUCGAGAAGACAUAAAGGGGAAAAUGUUGGGAUUUCUUGAUAGCAUUAACAAAACUGGUGCCCCUUUCAUUAUCCAUAUGUUCCCAAUCUAUACGGUUUAUAGAUACGGAUUUGAUGUGGACUUUGCUUUCUUUGAUAAUAAAUCCAAGUUCAAAAUCGUAGAUGGAAAUAACACCUAUACUAAUCUCUUUACUUUCAUAUACGAUACACUUGUUUCUGCUCUAGCAAGGGCAGGUUAUGGUGAUAUGGAGAUUGUUGUCGGACAAAUUGGUUGGCCUACAGAUGGAUAUGUGAGUGCAAGUGAACAAAAUGCUGAAAGAUUUCAUCGCGGACUUCUUAAAUAUAUUGCUAAGAAGGAGGGAACUCCACUACGCCCAAAUAGAGAUAUAGAUAUGUAUCUCCUUGGCUUAACAGAUGAGAAUAUGGUUGUUACAGAUUAUGGACCUUAUCAACGACAUUGGGGUAUCUAUAAACACGAUGGUGUUCCCAAGUACAAAAUUGAUUUCACCCUGCAAGACCGAGAUGUCAAGCCUUCCAUUGCCAAAGGUACCGUGCGAAUGCCAAACAGAUGGUGUGUGUUUGAUGGUAAAACGGAUCACAACGAGACCCUAGUGUUGCAAGAUUACGACUUUGCCUGUGAGAAAUCAGACUGCACUGCAUUUGGCUCUGGUGCAACGUGUGAUCACCUCAGUUUCACAGAGAAGGUCUCUUAUGCAUAUAAUAUGCUUUACCAAAUGGGUAAUCAAGAUAUGCGGAAAUGCAAGUUAUUAGGAGCAAAGAUGACCACAAAUAAUCCUUCCACUCCAGACUGUGAUUUUCCAAUUGAGAUCUUAACUGCAGAGGUGGUGGAUGGUGGAUCUGGAUUAACCAAGAAAUACUAACCAAUAUAUACACAU